CUGAGAUGGUUUCCUCUAUGCUUUGUUCAUUGUUCUAUUAUUGAGAAAUAAAUGAGAGUUCACCGUAAGCAAUUGAAAGCUCGUAGCUUUUUUGGUUAUACUCUUCAACUUUUUAUUUUUAAUCCAAUCAGACCAUCGUGGUUGGUGGACAAAAGUAGAAUUGCAACCAAAAUAAAGAGUGCAUCUGGAGCAUAUGGAAAAGCUAUAUGGGAAAGCGAUCCUACCAGAGCUUGCCCAAAUUGUCAACAUGUUAUUGACAACAGCGAUGUAGCACAAGAGUGGCCUGGACUACCUAAAGGUGUUAAAUUUGAUCCAUCUGAUCAAGAGAUAAUAUGGCACUUGCUUGCAAAAGUUUGUGCUGGAAAUUCAAAACCUCACCCUUUCAUUGAUGAAUUUAUUACUACUCUUGAAGAUGAUGAUGGAAUUUGUCAUACUCAUCCUCAACAUUUACCAGGUGUCAAGCAAGAUGGAAGUGCUUCUCACUUUUUCCACAGAGCAAUCAAGGCUUAUAAUACUGGCAAUCGAAAGCGUCGGAAGAUAUAUGGUCAGGAUUUUGGUGAUGUCCGCUGGCACAAGACUGGAAGGACUAAACCUGUCAUCUUGAAUGGGGUUCAAAAAGGCUGUAAAAAGUUUUUGGUUCUGUAUAUGAGCCCUGUGAGAGAAGGAAAAGCUGAGAAAACUAAUUGGGUUAUGCAUCAAUAUCAUCUCGGAACAGAAGAGGAUGAAAAGGAUGGAGAGUAUGUCAUCUCUAAAGUGUUUUACCAGCAGCAGCAAGUCAAAUUGGGUGAAAAAGAUGACCAGGAUAUUCGAGAAACCACUGAAGCAACUAUUGUGAAAGUUGAUCCGGUCACACCCAAAUCCGUCACUCCUGAACCUCCUCGUAAUGAAAAGCGAUGUUCUAAUCUACAUAUAGGACAAGAAUCGCAUCAUAUUCCUCAGCAUCCCGAAAUGGAUUGUGUUGAUGGCAUUCAAGCUGAUGGUGAAGAGAUUGCAAAAUCUGAUCAACUAAUGGUAGAAACUCAAAAUUAUGAAGAUAAUAUAGAAAAUAAUGCUGAAGACCCAAAGUGGUGGGAUAGUGAGUCACAGAAUCUGUUGGAUUCACAACAACUUGUUGAAGCAUUGUCCUUGUGUGAUGAUCUCCUUCAAAGCCAGUCUCCCAAUAGGGAUGGGAAAAAUGGAGAACAUGAAGAACGACCCAGUCUUGCUAUUUAUGCUCAUCUAGGACCAGAGCAUCUGAAGAAAGAUAUUGAAGAGUGCCAAAAUCUUGUCCUUGACCCUGCUAAUGUAGAGCUUGAGACACCACCUUCAGAGUUUCGGCUAAGUCAGCUGGAAUUCGGUUCACAGGAUAGCUAUAUUUCCUGGGGUGGCAGCAAGGCAAUCAACUAAUAUGGUUUUUAACUUCAAAUGGGAAGCAAAGAUUUUUUUGUAACUACAUUUUGUUGAUAGAUUGCAUUUUUAAAAUAAGGGGUAAAUUGAACUGUUACUCCUUUGCUUGACUUCUUUGGCUGUAAUGGUGGGCAGCGAACUUAUUGUUUGAUACUUUGAUUUGAUCAACCAAGCUGUAAUCAAUGCUUUCUGAUGUGUGGUGAAGUUAUGGCAUGUUCCUUCCAGGUUCUCAAAUCUUGGAUGUGGACCUGAUUUGCUCACAUAGUCACUCACCUUUUCUCACUUUGAAAGUAGAAAAUGCAUAUGUAUAUUGCUAUGUUUUGGCUUUUUAAGAUAUGAUGUCCCUACAGUCAAAUGCAUUGUCUACCAUAAACUCUUAAAAUUAUGUGCUGUGGUGGUGACAGAUUCAUGAACGUUGAGAUUGUUAUUGCCUUACAGAUCAUGAAACUUGUCUUUGCUUGAGAUAGAGCUAAUUGAGCUGCCCAUGAACUUGUCUUAACCCCCCCAAGGCAAUUAUAAAUCUCAGAAACAGUGGCAAAUCCUUCAUCUUUUUUUCUUUAUUAGCUUUGGAUUCUUUCAUUCUAGUUUGUAACAUAUCAUUUUAAGAGAGAGAGACUAAAAUGAAUGAGUGUUUAUAUGAGAAAAUUUGUGGGUCAUCUAAUAAGAUGAGAAAAUCUAAAUCACAAUAAUUUUUAAUAUACCUGAUUCCAGUUCAUCUUUUACAAGGCAACAGAAACUGGCAAGGUAUGUUCAUAGCGUUCAAAGUAUCUGCCUAUUGGACCAAAGACUAAUGCUGGCUUUGCUGUUCGCCACAGACAAUGGGGACCUGAACAACCUGACUAAUCUGAUCCUGAAACCUCAACUUCUUUCGGCUAAUUUGGCUCGUUCAUUGGGGAAGAACUUAAGUCAAAGCAAUCAUAGUACCUGCCUUUUGAGUUUACGGUGCAAAUUCAUUUUUCUUCCCUAUGGCACCACAGCUCUAACAUAAUCAUUUGUUUGGGUAGUAAGAACAGCAUUGUGUUAUUAUGUUUUUUUUUAUGACCUUA